AUGCCGCCACUGAAGAAGAAGAAGGCUGGGAGGGUGCGGCCCGAACCUGCUCGGUCCACCGAAUCUGUAAGUGGGGGGAGUGGACGUCGAACUGGAGCCUCAGUGAAUGAGGAUACUCAACGCACAGACACUGUGAAUCCAGACGAACCCAAUGGCAACGAUGAUUCGGAGGCAGAAGCAUCCAAUCAUGAGACAGGAGAAGGUAGUAAUCCAACUGGAUUGGAAGGAGCCCCUGCGGCUAAAAAGAGGGGACUGUCCAAAGGGUACGAGAUAAUGAAGAGAACCGGAACUGGAGGCAAGAUAGAUGGAAUCUACCUAUUGGAGAAUGGGCAGUCAUUCGUAGGGCCUAAUGAGAGCUUGUUGAAGACAGAGUUGGGCGUCGUAACACGCCUGAUGGCCCCGAUAAGGAAGUACUACUGGUCCAAGUUGACUGAAGCAAACAAGCACCCAUUAUUCAAGAAGCUAGAGGAUGAAUUUGACAUAGACACGGCAGGAGCAUAUGCAAGGAAGAUUAUGGAGAAGAGAAUGAAGAAGCGGUUCAUCAAUUACAAGUAUGCGAUGCACGCUCACUACCUGAAAGACCCUCAAACAGCCAGGACAGACCCUCCAGUGGACAUGAACAUAGAGGAUUGGCAUAUGCUGUGUGAUCACUUUGAGAGUGAAAACUUUCUAAAGCGAAGCCAAAUAAAUAAAGCCAACAAGAGUAAGCAAGUGUAUGCACACACUUCUGGUGCAAAAUCGCUUGAUCAAAGAAUAUAUGAGUUUGAGAAGAAAAAGAAGCAAAAGCAGCAGGAGGAGCAGCCUACGCAAGAAGAGCGGGAAACUGAUAUGGAGGACGCUGAUACCGUAGAGGAGGAGCCAAUAGAUCUCCUAUUGUAUGCGAAGAGGUAUCAGCGGGCUGACGGUAGUUGGGUAUCGGAGGAACCGCAGAAGAACUAUUUGGAGAUGCAGUCCAUGUGGAUAGAGGUAAAGGCAGAGGGGAAGCCUAUAUCAGGCCGUGACAUUGUUGAGAAGGUUCUCAAGAAAAAGGUGAAGUAUGGACCGAAGGAGAACCCAAGAUCAGCAAAGGAGCUUCAGCUCCAAGCAGAAUUGGAGGCAACAAGGGCUGAAGCGGAAAGAAAAGCCAAGAAGUUUGCUGAGAAGAUACAGAGUCAGGAGGAGCAGCUAAAAAGCCAGGCUGAGAAGAUACAACUUCAGGAAGAAAAGUUAAAGAGCCAGGAGGAGAGGUUUGAUACUCAAGCAGAGGAGAUGAACCAGAUGAAAGCCGCCCAGGACAAGCUACAGCAUCAAGUGCUAGUGAUUGCUCGCCAAUUACCCCGCAAAUGA